AUGAGGUUCGACCCAAGCACCAGAAAAUCUGACGUUGUCUACGAGUUCCACCAGGAGCUCGGACACAAGAUAGAAGACUGCAUCGCCCUUGGGAGAGAGGUUGUAAACAUGUUUCAUCAGGAACACCUCAAAGAACUGCUGAGCGACACGGGGAGAAAUAACUUCGCUAGAGGUCGUGAACGCCAAGGCCCACCGAAGCCCCCAUCGCCAACUCGCACCAUCAACAAGAUCAUCAGUGGCUGCGACGAAGCCUCCAUCAAUGUCGUCAAAUUCACUGCCACUCACAAGCUCAAAAGAUCUAUCACCCACGAACGGUAUGAUGGACUCGAAGAAAGUAUUAUCUUCAAUGAGUUAGAUGCCGACGGUUUGACUUUCCUUCACAAUGAUGCUCUUGUCAUUAAUUUACGAGUUUUAGAUACUGAUCUCAAAAGUAUCAUGGUAGACGAUAGGAGUGGAGCGUGCAUUAUCCAUCCCCGAGUCCUCACCCAGAUAAGACUCGAGGACAAGAUAGUGCCACACUGCAUCAUACUAACCGGUUUUAAUAAUGCAGUUGAAUGGACAUCGGGUGAAAUUACACUCUCUGUCUUGGCCAGUAGCAUAACUCUAGAGACAACUUUCCACAUUAUGGACCAGGCCAUCGCAUACAAUGCUAUAGUAGGAUGA